AUGAUCGAUCGAUAAGUAAAUAAAUAUUCGUAUUUGUGAAAUUGUUCUGUUUUAAUUAUAUUUCAACGCGAUGAGUGUGAAGAAGGAAGGACAAGAGCUGUUGGUGUGCUGCAUAUGCCUAGCCACCGACACCACACUGUAUAAAAUACAAGAGUCGAAGUUAUUCAAUGUUUUUGUUGAUCUUAUGGGCACUGAGGAGUGUAGUUCAGCUGGGCGAUCUGUGUGCGGUGUGUGCUGCGCACAGCUCGCGCGCGCGGCGGCGCUGCGGGCCCGCGCGCGCCGCUCACAUGCCUUGCUCGCCAGCGCUCUACAGCGAACACAAUAUAUAACCUUAGACUACAUUCGGACCAUUGACCGUGUUGCCGAAAAACUUUGCCUAAAUUUAAAGACCUGCCACGUCUACACUUCCGAUUCUACCCUCCCAGAGUUCAAAGAGGAAAUUAAAGAGGAAACAGACUUUACUGAAAACAUAUUCGUCACUGAGCCUGCUUUAGCUGAAUAUGAAGAUUUCAGAGAAAAUACACCUGAAUUUGAAAAUGAUGAAACUGAAGAAAUUACAACCCUGGAAAAUAUAAAGAUAAACAGUAACAAUGACAUAAGUAAUAAUAAAAUUGAAUCUAGAAUAAAUAAGCGUAAACUAUCAGAUAAUAAAAGAAUACUAAAAUCUACUAAAGGAAAAAGGAAACUACUAGAAUCUACCAAGAGAACUGAAAAAAUAGAAUCUACCAAAGAUUUAAAAUUACCGGAAUCUACUAUAGAAAAUCUUCCAGGAAAGUCGAAAAGAGUUAUAAAAAGGCGUAUGGCUGACAAUGGGUACUUGCCCGAUUUUAAUUUUGAAGAGUUUGAAAGUAAAUAUAAUUGUAAAAUAGAUAUAUUGUCGAAAGAGGAGCAGUUAAGAGAGAUAGAGGCUCGCAAGAUGGCGCCCAGUUAUAUGCUCGCUGCGUUCGGGUGUGAGGUGUGUGGGAAGGGCUUUGCAACACAGCAGGUGUAUGACGGCCAUAUGAAAAAGCAUGAUCCGAGUGCGGGCGGGCACUCGUGCGGCGUGUGCGGCGUGCGGUUCGGCACGCGGUCGCGCGCGCACGUGCACGCCGACGCGCACCGCCUGCGCUUCACGUGCAACGCGUGCGGCUUUCUCACGCGCACCAGAUUUAUAGCAAAGAACCAUUUCCUGUCUCACUCCGGCACUACCCACCAGUGCCCACAUUGCGACGCUGUGUUCACCAAGUACACGUCGUACCUGACGCACGUGCGGCGCCGGCACCCCGCCAUGAACGUGGCGUGCGACGAGUGCGGCGAGACGUUCGUCGGCCGCAACGGGCUGCGGCACCACAAGACGAGAGUACACCGGCACACGGUGCGUACACAACAAACAAGUACACGUCGUACCUGACGCACGUGCGGCGCCGGCACCCCGCCAUGAACGUGGCGUGCGACGAGUGCGGCGAGACGUUCGUCGGCCGCAACGGGCUGCGGCACCACAAGACGAGAGUACACCGG